AUGGCACGAUACGCAAUCCUUUUUGUUUAUUAAAACACAUACAGCAUAGAGCAAGAAACGGUUUCCCAGGACCAAUAACCUACCUCACACUACAUAAGUUAUAAAAAAAAAAGGUGUACGCUAUUUAUAUUUAUAUUGUUUCGAUAUCUACAACGUUUUAAAUAAUGUACAUAUAUAGUAUAUUUGAAAACAUAUACCAUGUUAUUUGAUAACACUAUACACACACACACACACACACACACACACACACACACACACACACACGGUAUCUGAUCUCACUCAACACCUAUUCAUCACUAUAGUUCUGAAAUCCUCAAAGCAGACAAGAUCCUUUAAUGUCCAUUAAUAGCAAAUAGAUACUUAGCACAUUUCUCCACCUUUAGCUCAGCAGAAACUUUCUUUCCGGCAAAGUCUUCCUUUUCCAAACUCAAACUCUGUGAUAGCUUGAGCGGAUUUAUAAUAAUAAUAAUAAUACUAUUCUAUUACAUUACCUAUUCUAUUACAUUACAUAAUCGUUUAUUUAUAUCUACUUCACAGUGCUUUUGAAUUCUCAAAUCUGAUUUGCUACAACCAGAAAGCUUUUUUAAUAACAGCAGCAGAAAGUCAUAGCACAAAGAUGGAAUCACAUGUUUGUGGUGAAGAGACGAAAGGAAACAUUGAGAUGGACAUGGAGUAUGAAAUGGGACGUUCUCUGGUUCAGGUCAUCAUUGAGAAGUACAAUUCGGACAACUACCCCUACUGCCGUGGACCUGGUGCUGGUGUGGUGAUCCACAAAAGUUAUCAGGGUUCUUUUGUCGAAGAUUAUCUAAAUCUGCCCAGUGUGCUGGUUCUGGAAAGCUGUGGAAUAAGUCAUGCUGGAGAUGAACAGGAAGUGGCAACAUUCUGUGCUCAUGCGGUGGAGUUAGACCUGUCUUACAACCAGUUCAGAGACUGGGGAGAGAUAAGUAAGAUUUUGGCUAACAUCCCUCAAUUGGACUUUCUCAAUCUGAGCAAUAAUCCUUUGAAGGAUUCCAGCCUUGAUCCUGGGCGUGCUGAAGCCUUCUCAUCCCUCCGUCGUCUCGUCCUCAACAACACAUACAUCUCCUGGGACAUUGUGCACAUGCUUACACAAAAGAUCCCUGAACUGGAGGAGCUCUUCCUGUGCUUGAAUGAGUACAAGUGUGUGAAUUUGUCACGGGUCCCCUGCUCAUCGCUGCGACUGCUGCACAUCACUGAUAAUCUACUACAGGACUGGAGCGAGGUGCGCAAGCUGGGCCUCCUGUACCCGCGUCUGACAUCACUCAUCCUCGCUAAUAACUCUCUCUCCUCCAUUAAAGAGACUGAGGACUCACUGCAGUCCCUGUUCCCUAACCUGCACAGUAUCAACCUGCACAAUUCAGGUCUGAAUUGCUGGGAAGACAUUGAAAAACUAAAUUUCUUCCCAAAACUUCAGGAAGUGCGUCUAAUGGGAAUCCCAUUACUGCAGACAUACACCGAGAUAGAGAAGCGAUACCUUGCAAUAGCAUAUUUGCCUUCUGUGAAUGUUCUGAAUGGAAGUGUGGUGACAGACGAGGAAAGAAAGGAUGCUGAACGUUUCUAUAUCCGCUAUCACCUGGACUGUCCUGAGGAUGAGUUGCCACAAAGGUUUCACAAUCUUGUGGCCUGUUAUGGGCACCUAGAACCACUGGCAAACAUGUAUUUACGUUCACGUAGCAGUGUCCAGAUUCAACUGCGCUUUGGGGAAAGCAUCAAGCAGCUGGAGCUUCAGCUGAAGCAGACUGUGGCUGACCUAAAGAAGCAGCUCAUGCAUGUGGUGCAUCUGCCAGUCAAGAACAUGCGCGUCUUCUUCAUUGCCAGGGAAAAGGGUUUCAUAUUAGAACCUCAAGAGCUUAAGUAUGGAAGCCGAGCCCUCCAUUUCUAUAGCAUACAGGAUGGAGAUGAGAUCCUGGUAGUAUCAAAGAAUGUCUUUAGGAUGGUCAAAACAAGCACUUUAGUGUCUCUUCUCCAGCUGUUCAGCACUCUUGCCCCCAGAGGAGCUUUCACUCAGGAUAUCAUCUACCCCUUUGGACCAGCUCAUAGGGACACAGAAACCCCCAAGAUGGAUGAUGGCAGUUCAACUGAAGUUUCUCUAUUAAUUCCAUUUAUGUUCUUCAGUGUCCCUUACCGCUCUCUAUAUGUAAACAACAAUGGAGUAAUCUCCUUCAACGUUCAAGUGAGCCAGUUUACUCCUGAGCCGUUUCCUCUCAGUGACAGUCGGUCAUUUAUUGCUCCUUUAUGGGCUGAUGUGCACAAUGGUAUCCGUGGGGAUGUGUACUAUCGUGAGACCACAGAGCCCGAGAUCCUAGCAAGAGCUACUCAGGAUGUCAGGAAAUAUAUAAAGAGCAUGUCAUCCUUUACUGCUACCUGGGUUUUUAUUGCCACCUGGAACCAGGUCACAUUCUAUGGCGGCAGUCAGACAACACCGGUGAAUACAUUCCAGUCAGUGUUAAUUUCAGAUGGCAUUGUCCAUUUUGCCAUGUUUAACUUUGGAGAAAUUACAUGGAGCACAGGUACAGCUAGUGGAGGAGAUCCUCUUACUGGCCUGGGAGGAACUACUGCACAGUCAGGUUUCAACGGUGGGGAUGUCAGUCACUUCUUUAACCUGCCCGGUUCUCGCACAAAUGAUGUGGUCAACAUUGAACAAACUACAAAUGUCAACGUGCCUGGUCGUUGGUUCUUCCGUGUUGACACUGAACAGAUCGACCCAGCCAAUGGCUGCAGCUUUAAUGGACGGUUUUAUCGACGUGGAGAGGUGUUCUGGCUGUCAGACCAGUGUUCUCAGCGUUGCAGGUGUCUGGAUUUGGACAAUGAAGUAAUUUGUCAGGAGGCACCAUGUGGCCAGCUGGAGACAUGUGAACAGCAAGAAGGCGCAUACUACUGCCAGCCCACCAGAACCAGCACCUGUGUGGUUUUUGGAGACCCCCAUUAUCACACCUUUGAUGGCUUUCUUUACCACUUCCAAGGUACCUGCACUUACCUUCUGGCUCGGCCAUGCUGGGAGGUGCCUGGUCUCCCAUUUUUUAGCAUUGAGGCUAAGAAUGAAAAUCGUGGCACAACUACUGUGUCCUGGUUAAAAGAUGUUACUGUAGAGGUCUAUGGCCACCGAGUUACUCUACCAAAAGGAACCCUGGGCACUGUACAGGUGGACAGUCUCUUGAAGACUCUACCUGUUCAGCUCCAGUUAGGGGCUAUUAAGGUAUACCAGUCUGGUCUUGCAGUUGCCUUAGAAACUGAUUUUGGUCUCUUGGUAACAUAUGAUGGGCAGCACUAUGCUUCCAUCUCCCUUCCCAGCUCCUACUUCAACAACACUUGUGGUUUAUGUGGUAACUAUAAUGAUGACCCUGCUGAUGACCCUGUGUUGCCAGAUGGUUCUUUAGCAGAUAGUGUUGUUGAGUUGGGUGGUAGCUGGCGGGCAGAAGACAGUGAUUUUCGUUGCUCUGAUGGUUGUGCUCAGAACUGCAGCUUGUGUGAGCCAGCAGCUGAAGCUUUUUACUUCCGGCCUGAUUACUGUGGGCUUAUAAACAAGACUGACGGGCCAUUCAGAGACUGUCGGGCUGUGGUGGACCCCACUGCAUUUGUCUACAGUUGUGUGUAUGACAUGUGUAGCAAUCGUGACAAUAUCACAACACUCUGCCAGGCUAUACAGGCAUAUGCGUUAGCAUGCCAAGCUUUGGGUGUAACCAUCAGACCUUGGAGGUCACGUACAUUCUGUGCUUUAACAUGCCCAGAGAACAGCCACUACCAGGUCUGCACAAGCGCUUGCCCUCCUUCAUGCUCCGACCUGACCUCCCAUCUAUACUGCACACAUCCAUGCACAGAGGGCUGCCAGUGUGACCAAGGCUUUGUGCUGAGUGGCAGCCAUUGCGUUCGCUGGUCUGAGUGUGGUUGUGAGCGCGACGGCUUGUAUUAUUCUCUCAAUGAAACCUUUUGGGCAGGAGAGGGGGGUGAGGUGGGCAGCGACUGUUUUCAGCGCUGUGUGUGUGGACCUGCAGGUGAGGUCACCUGCUUUAAUGACUCCUGCCAAGAUGGUGAAGUGUGCACAGCUGAAGUGGGCUUGCUGGGGUGUUAUCCUCGUAGAGAGGCCAUGUGUUCAUUAUCUCAGACAUACAUCUUAGCCUCCUUCGAUGGUUCAUCCAUGCCAUUCCCAGAUGAGAGCUCAUUCUACCUGGUGAAGACUAUGGGGCGCCUGCCAGCCAAUUUGUCAGCAGUGGAAGUGAAGAUUGGAAGAAAGCUGGUGAACAAGGGUCCUUCAUGGAAGAGGCCUGUGGUCAUCAGGGUUGCAUACCUGGAAGCACAGAUUGGUGGCUCUGAUUUUGACAUUGUUAAGGUAAAUGGUGAACAAGUUGUUCUUCCAUAUGUUCACCCAACUGAACCACUGGUUGUGUACCGUGCUCCUGGCAAUGCUACAGUAGUGGAAUGGACAGGUUUAAUUCGGGCCCGCUACUCCCGCCAAGGCUUUCUCAACAUCACCCUCUCCACCUUGUUCUACAACUCAACCUGUGGCCUAUGUGGCUUCUUCAAUGGGGAUCCCUCUGAUGAUUUACGUUUGCCGAGUGGCCGCCAGGCUGACACAGCUGACCAGUUUGUUGAGGGCUGGAAGGCCAUUGCUGAUGACUUAACAUGCAACGGUGACUGUGAUGACCUGUAUCGCAUGUGUACAGACCUGCGGCUGUAUCAAAGCCCUUGGCUAUGUGGCAACAUUAAUGACCCAGGAAACAGCUCAUUCCUAGCCUGCCACUUAGCUGUAAACCCAUCGCCCUUCUUCAGGAAUUGCCUGUAUAACAUGUGUGUGAAGGAGGGUAACCGCUCAGCUUUGUGCUCUUCCCUGCAGGCCUAUGCCUCAGCCUGUCAGGAUGCUCAGAUCAACUUGGGCCCCUGGAGGAGUGCCACAAACUGCCCACUACCAUGCCCAGAAAACAGUCAUUUUGAUGAGUGCACCACAGCAUGCCCACUGACUUGUGAAAAUCUGGAUGAGCCAGAGGAGCCCUGCUCAUACCCCUGCUCUGAAGGCUGCCAGUGUGAAGAAGGCUUUGUUCUCCGUGAUGGGCUCUGUGUACCUCGUAGUGACUGUGGCUGCUUCUAUCUUGGCCGUCAACUAGCCACCAAUGACACAUUCUGGACUGACUGGGAAUGUCAAGAACGCUGUUUCUGCAAUGGGACAGACAACAGUGUCUACUGCAACUUUUCUCCAUGCCACCCUGAGGAAUACUGCCAAGAGACCGAUGGGCUAUUUUUCUGCCAGCCUCGGACUGAGGCUCUGUGCGCAGUGGCCGGAUAUGGCCAUUUCUUGCCUUUUGGAGGUGUACCAUUUGACCUUCAGAGCAGCUGCUCACUUCAGUUGGUUACCACAGAGUGCGGGGGACUAAAUGAAGAUGAGGACAGACAUGGAGGGUUGGAUGGCAGUUUCAGUGCAGAGAUAGGUGCAGAGGACCUGCCUGAGUUCCAGCUUUCAGUUCGGAAUGAAGAGAGAGAUACAGGGCAGGCAAUCUGGGUGCAAGGUUUUGUGUUGACAGUUUAUGGAUAUGAGAUUGAGGUGUCAAGAAGCUUUAAACAUACAGUCAUGGUUAAUAAGGAGCGUUUGUACUUGCCUCUGAAAUUGGGCCCAGGGAAAGUCAACAUAUACACUCUUGGAUUACAGUUACUAGUGGAGACUGACUUUGGACUGAAGGUGGCAUUUGACUGGAAUACACUACUUCUGCUUUCUCUGCCCCGGACUAUCUUUAAUUCCACGUGUGGUCUGUGUCAGGGAAUGCCCAUCUCUGGUCCUGCCCUCAGUGUCAGUGAAUGGGGAAUGAUGUGGGCAGAGCGUGACACCUUCUGUCAAGUUGGGUGUGGUGACUCAUGCCCACGUUGUGGAUUAGUUGAAAGGGGCCUGGCAGCAGAUGUGCAUGCGCCUGUACAGACAAUGGAUGUCAGCAAUGACAUUGAAAACACUCUUCCAGGAAACCGUUUUCACCUGGCUGAGGGCUUGUAUGUUUAUGUGGAGCCAGAGGCAGUGAGGCUGUGUGGACUUAUUAUUGACCGUGGGGGUGUGUUUGCGAGGUGUCACAGCAAGGUGGCACCAGCAUACUUUUACCAGAGCUGUCUACAGGAUACAUGUGUGGACCAGGGAGCACGAGAGACAAUCUGCAAUUGGUUACAGAUAUAUGCUAGUACCUGUCAAAUCCAGGGAGUGUCUAUGAGUGGCUGGAGGGGCUCUACUCCAUGUGUGCUGUCAUGCCCCAGUAACAGUCACUAUUCAAGCUGUAUGAUGGUGUGCCAACCCCAGUGUGCCCCAGCACGAGGCCAGAGAGACUGCAACCAGAAUUGUGUGGAGGGUUGCCAGUGUGAUCAAGGUUAUGUGCUCAAUGGCAAAAGCUGCAUCCUUAACCAGAACUGUGGCUGCUAUACCGACAGCAAGUACUAUGAGCCUAAACAGUUGUUUUGGAACAACGAUUGCACCAAGCGUUGCCAAUGCAUUGGCCGCAACUUGAUCCAAUGUGACCCUCGGCGCUGUAAGGCUGAGGAAGAGUGUGUACUACGCCAUGGUGUGCGUGGUUGCUUCGCCCGUCGCAAUCAGCACUGCAUUGCAUCAGGUGGUGGUGUAUUUCGCACUUUUGACGGUGCCUCCCUCCGCCUGCCUGCCUCCUGUUCCUUCGUCCUGUCGACUAUCUGCCACAAGUUGCCUGAACUCUCCUUCCAGCUCAUCGCCAACUUUGACAAGUGGAGCACACCCAAUCUUACCACCAUCUCACAUGCCUACCUAUACAUAAAUGAGGAAAAUAUCCUAAUCUCUGGAAACACUGUUAAGGUAAAUGGGACACCAGUGUCUGUGCCUUUUGUAACAGGCCUAAUGACUCGCGUUUCCACAUCUGAAGGUUUUCUGGUGAUAGACACGCCACAGGACAUUCAGGUCCGCUAUAACCGUUUUAACACACUUAGUAUCACUAUGGGACCACGGCUACAGAACAAGGUGUGUGGUUUGUGUGGAAACUUUAAUGGUGAUGCCUCUGAUGAUUACAUCACUUCCCGUGGCAAACCAGCACUUAGUGCACUAGAACUUGCACAGAGCUGGAAGACUAAUGGUAUGCAGAACAGUUGUGAUGAAACUCAGUAUGUGGCUCUGGCCCAGUCCUGUGAUAACACAGAUGUAUUAGAUCUGCAAGGCGAGGACAGCUGUUUGAAACUUACCCAGCCAAAGGGCUUUUUCCAGCCAUGUCAUGGACUUCUGGACCCACAACCCUUCUACCAAUCCUGUUACCUAGAUGGCUGCUACAACCACCGCAAGGCACAGGUUUGCGGCUCUAUGGCUGCCUAUGCUGAGGCGUGCCGCUCCUUUGGCACACUCACCACCAAGUGGAUUGCCCAGGAGAACUGCUCAGAAUGGAUCUAUGACCCCUGUGCUGGGGAGAUCUGCACAAAUAACACAUGUGAGCUGGAGAAUGGAGGAGACUUGUGUGGAUGCCCUGAACUUCCCAGCACCGAAAUUAGUGAGGAUGACAUAAUUCAAGCUGAGGUGACAUGCAAACAUGCUCAGAUGGAGGUGUCUAUCUCAAAGUGUCGCCUCUUCCAGCUCGGCUUUGAAAGAGAAGAUGUUCGUAUCAACGACCAGCGUUGCUCUGGCAUCGAGGGUGAAGACUUUAUCUCCUUCCACAUCAACAACACUAAAGGCUAUUGUGGAUCCAUAGUGCAGUCGAAUGGCACGCACAUCAUGUACAAGAACACGGUGUGGAUCGAGAGCGUUAACAACACAGGGAGUGUGGUGACCCGUGACAAGACCAUCAAUGUCGAAUUCUCAUGCGCUUACGAGCUGGACAUUAAGAUCUCCCUGGAGACAGUGCUCAAACCCAUGCUGAGUGUAAUUAACCUCACCCUCCCCACCCAAGAGGGAAACUUCAUCACCAAGAUGGCUCUUUAUAAAAACGCCUCGUAUCGCCAGCCAUACCGCGAGGGCGAGGUGGUGCUCAGCACACGAGAUGUGCUAUUCGUGGGCGUGUUUGUGGAAGGAGCGGAUGACAGCCAACUCAUUCUCAUAGUGAAUAUGUGCUGGGCCACACCAUCGCGCUAUAGCAGUGACCGUCUCCGUUACAUCAUCAUAGAGAGAGGGUGUCCCAACAUUAAAGACAACACUAUUGGCAUGGCGGAGAAUGGUGUGUCUCUGACCUGCCGCUUUCACGUCACUGUGUUUAAGUUCAUCGGCGAUUAUGAUGAGGUGCAUCUUCACUGCGAUGUCACGUUGUGUGACUCUGAGACCAAUGCGUGCAAAGUGAACUGUCCGCACAACAGAAGGAGCUACAACGACUACAGUCAACAAAAAGAACACAUUCUUUCAGUGGGCCCAAUCAGAAAACGAGACUCAGACUGGUGUGAAGAUGAGAAUGGAGGGUGUGAGCAGAUCUGCACUAGUCAGUUAUCAGGCCCAGUGUGUAGCUGUGUGACUGGAAUGCUGCAGAGAGAUGGGAAGAGUUGCCGUGCUACCAGUUCCAGCACAGAUCUCCAGCCCCUCGCUCCUCUGGUUGCCAUUGGCAUCUGCGUCAUGCUUCUGAUACACACACACACGCCUCUGUGCUUUUCUCCAGCAGAGUUAAACGCCAACUAAACCAUGGCCGUGCUAAGGAGAGGAGGAGAAAUGGCAAAAACAAGGGGGGCUGAGAAAGCAAGAUAGAGUGAAAACAAGGAGAGGAGGAGUGCAUGUUUUAACCACACACUGCAAAGAACUGUGAUUAAACACUCCUCAUUCCGCUGCAUGGACACUUUAAAAGCAAACCAGCGUGUGUAAAAUAGAUCCACCUUCGAAACCCUUGUUCAAAAGAACCUGGCCAUUAGCAAACAAAUGCAGCCCAAAAAAAACUCCAAUUGAUUUAUUAGAUGUAGAUGUUCAGCUACUAAAUACACAGAUUAGCAAAGCAACAUUAGUGGCAUGCAGUUUAGUAGAUUAUGCUGUCUGAUAAACACCACUUUGUGGGAGAUUAUGUUGCAAUGAGUGGUUAAAAUUCUCAGUGCUACAUAUUUAUAUUAGAUUUUUUUUUUUUAAGAUUUGCUCCCUGUUCAAGUUCUCAAUAAUUUAAUUUCCCUUUUUUGCCAUAUUGAAGUAUUUUUCAGAUUAAUCAUUGCUGGAAAAGUAUUUGUUAUGUUUGAAGUAUUGAGAAUGUCACUGAUAAAUACUGGAUGAUUAAGUCCCUUUCAUAUUACUUGGUAUACCUAUGACAUUUUUGUGAAAUAAAAUCGCACCCCACGGAGGA